CAUUGAAUCGGCCCUAACGAUUCUCGGAUCGUCAUUAUUUGUAACCAUAGAGCAUGAAUUACCUCUUGAGGUCAUCAGCGAGAAUUUACGACUGGUCAACAAAAGCACGUGAUUCCCUAACGCCCCCCCAUCCCCCUUCCAGCCCCCCCCCAUAUUUGGCCGCAUACAUAGCAAAACGAAGUACAGUGCAUCGCUAUAAUUCAUUAAUACAUCAUAAAUCGUGAAGCACAGGGUUAUAACGACCACGAUCCACAAAUCAAGCCCUCCAAAAUCACCCAAAUGAGCUCGUACUUUGUAAACUCCUUCUCGGGGCGUUAUCCAAAUGGCCCGGACUAUCAGUUGCUAAAUUAUGGCAGUGGCAGCUCUCUGAGCGGCUCUUACAGGGAUCCCGCUGCCAUGCACACCGGCUCUUACGGCUACAAUUACAAUGGGAUGGACCUCAGCGUCAACCGCUCCUCGGCCUCUUCCAGCCACUUUGGGGCGGUGGGCGAGAGCUCGCGCUCCUUCCCCGCGCCCGCCCAGGAGCCCCGCUUCAGGCCAGCGGCGUCGAGCUGCUCCCUGUCCUCGCCCGAGUCCCUGCCUUGCACCAACGGCGACAGCCACGGCGCCAAGCCCUCUGCCUCGUCCCCCUCCGACCAGGCGACCCCGGCCAGCUCCAGCGCCAAUUUCACCGAAAUAGACGAGGCCAGCGCGUCCUCGGAGCCUGAGGAAGCGGCGAGCCAGCUAAGCAGCCCGAGCCUAGCUCGGGCACAGCCAGAACCCAUGGCCACCUCCACAGCCGCACCCGAGGGGCAGGCUCCGCAGAUAUUCCCCUGGAUGAGGAAGCUUCACAUCAGCCAUGAUAUGACCGGGCCAGACGGGAAAAGGGCCCGGACCGCCUACACCCGCUACCAGACCCUGGAGCUGGAGAAGGAGUUCCACUUCAACCGCUACCUGACGCGGCGGCGGCGCAUCGAGAUCGCCCACGCGCUCUGCCUCUCCGAGCGCCAGAUCAAGAUCUGGUUCCAGAACCGGCGCAUGAAGUGGAAGAAAGACAACAAACUGAAAAGUAUGAGCCUGGCUACAGCCGGCAGCGCCUUCCAGCCCUGAGCCCUCCGGGAGGAGUCCUGGGCGGCCCAAGAGCCCGUGCCGCCCCCAGCCCCGGCCCCUCUGAGCCUCCCCGCGCUGCCGCCGCCCGCUGAGGACCGGUUCCCACGAGCCUGCCUUGCUCUGGCCUUGUGUUACGAUUUUUCGUUUGGUCUUAGGUCUUCCUGUGGCUCCCUCUCUCCUGGACUGGUUAAUCUUGUUAUUAUUGUUAAUAAUGAUGAUAAUUAUUAUUUUCCCUCCAUGCUCCUCGCUCCCCUCCACUCAUCCCAAAUCCACCAGUGUUUCUGAAUGUUCGUGUCCGUGGUUGCACUCCUUCCCCCAGGAAGAAAAGAAACUCGCAUGUUUAAUGUGAACUUUCCCCUCCCCAUCUUGUUCUUCUAACUUAUUUAUAAAAGGAUGAUCGCUGUAUUUUGAGUUUCAGCUUGAAACUUCUCGAAGGGGCAGCAGUUGAGGUGGGGUGGUGCCGCAGCACUGGGGCCCAGCUGAGCUGGCCUCCGAGAUGGAGUCCAUGACUGUCUCUUUCCACCCUCCUCUUCCUCCUCCCUCUCGAUUCCCUGGGCCCAAGUCUCCCAGUGGCUUGGUUCUGGGGUGGGAAGCAGCCAGGGAGGACCAAAGGGGUGAUGUUGAGAAGAGGGAAGGUAAAUAGUGAGAUUUGAGUUCCUGCCACCUGGGUAGGCCCCACAAGGCCUGAUCUGGGAGUGUACGGAAACAAAAAUAAUCCUCAGUGUAAAAUGUCGUGUGUAUUUCUCUGUGAAUCCAUGGGUCUGGCGUAGAGGGCCCAAAGCUUGUAAAUAUGGGGGUAGUCUGGGUCAGACCCAUCCCUUUCCCCCUAACCCAUUUCGCUUCCAAGACCAUCUGUAGUGAGCGAGUGGAUGCUGUGCUACGUGUGAAAUCUGUCUUUGCCCAGCCUGUCUCAGUGAUUCGCUUUUGGUAUUUGUUUGUAGCUUUCCUUGAAGUCAAAUAAAUGUUUCCCCUACUC